CACAGAAACACAGAGAAGAGACGACACAGCGGGACGGACACACUGAGAGAGACUCGAGAUGCAGUUCUGUGGCUGUUUGCUGUUUUCCUGCCUGCUGCUCAUCACGCUGUUGCACUGCAGCGCUGUCGGCUUCAGAGUCCAACAGCGUGUAGACCGGCGCACCUUGAGGGCUCCAGCACCUCUUCGGCCUCCAGCACAUCUUCGGCCUCGUCCUGGAGGGGUGAAGGCAGGGGAGGAGCUGACAGCCAAGCUGCUCCGACUGGACGACCUGGUGAGGAUGGAGAAUGAUGUCAUGGAGCCAAAGAGGAAGCGGAGUUUCCCCAGUAACAAUGCCCCGCUGGACCGCCUGUCUGUCAGCUCCAUGGAGAUCAAACAGGGAACGAACAAGCAGAGCAAGGUAGUUGAGUUGCCACGGCGACGAGUCAACCCACCUCCCGUUGACAGGAUUGGAAUGAGUCGUCUACCAAACAGCCGAGGAUAGGCCACGCCCCCUCCCUCUGACAGUCUGGCCCCUCUCUACAGCACCCUCCUCUGGACAGGUGCAGCACUGCAGUCGACUCACAUUCCCCCAAAACACUGAAAUGAUUCUUUCAACUCUUCUGACGCUGUUCUCUCUCCGCAGAGGAGUCACCACAGAUGCAUGAAACACAGCCAAUCAUCAACCGCCACGCCCACCACCUGUCAAUCAUCUACCUUCACUUCACCUGGACACCCCCGACCCCCACAGUGAUGAAUGUUUAGUGACGGUGCAUUCAGGUGCUGCUUGGUAAAUUUAUUGCACGUGUCUGAGAAUGUCAGGACCAAAUAAUUACUGAUCAGAUUUCAUGUUUAUGUCUUAACAGGAAACCUCAAACUGAUAAUUGUCACAUUUAAAAAACAUUCAAUAUCCGUCUUUAGAUUUUAUAAUUCCAUAAAAUCACCGUCUGAACCUAAACGUCUCAACGAAAACUGCCACACCAAAACAUUGUGGCAGAAGAUUAACUUUUAUUAUUAAUUUAAAAUUUCAUUCUCCAUUAAUUUCUGUCCUGAAUAAUCAACUGUGGUUUCAAGAUAGCUCCUAAUUUUAAUCCAUUUCAGAUUGUUUUUCUUCAGAGUUCGUCUACAGCAGUUUGUGUUAGGCAGUGGUGAAAAGUAACUAAGUACAUGUAUUUGUCAAACUGGUACAGAUAUUUUUUUACUUUCACAGUUAUGAUGAAACAUUCUCGCAGUUUUUUUUUAGUGUCACCUGAAUGCACCAUCACUGCCCCUCCCUGCCUCCUGUGACUCUGACUGGAGGCGUCUGUCGCCUCAAACAUCCGACACGACUUGACACGAGUCUCUGCCUCGUAGUGCAGCAGGUCUGUUUACAGCAGGACGACACGCUGAGAGACGUCUCCACUGCGCCGGGACAUCACGAGAACCGGACCGACCUCCACUGCAAAUAAGUGACGACCAUGAAGCCAGUGAGAAAGAAUUUAGGGUAGAGAUGCACCGAUUUAUCGGCUGAUCAUCGGUAUCAUCCGACAUUCGCCUUUUUAAUCACCAUCGGCCACCAGCAGUUAAAAUGACAGUCACUGAUGGCCGAUGCAUUCUGUUGUGUCAGUUCAGUUUUUCGCAGGUUAAAAAUUAGUGGCCAGUUGCACAGAGCACCUGAAGUUAAGAUUGUCCAUUAAGGUUUCCAUUAAAUUAAAUCUGUUGCACAAAACAUCCUUAAGUUUUUCUCCUUAUCUUAGUCUUAUAGUUAAGAAAUUCAUGUUCACAAGUCAACAGUGUGCCGCGUCAUUCGCCGGUUGUCAGACGCCCUCACCUGUCUGCUGAACACCGUGCUUAAGUUCCCGUCCAAACGUCGCAGUUUCUUCCCACAUUCGUGUUAUUUUUGGAUCAAAUUUAUUUUUCAUUUUGUUCUUUUAUUGAAUUUUUUCUUCCUCUUACCAAUUUGGUUUUCAUGUCUUCUUCUACCAUUUUUCUUAAAUAUCAGGCGAACUUUGAGAAUACGUAGGCAUGACAACAGGUAGCCGCUAUAGCCAAUCAGCAUUGAGAUCCUCUGGGGAUGAAUGACGGCGAGGACGUACUGGUGGAAGUUCAUUCAUCGAUUCAGAGAUUUCAUGCGCGUAUGACGUGAGUCAAUACACAGAAUAUUCUAGUGAAAAUUCGCAUUGCGUUUUGUGUGAACACAACAUAAAGAGGGGACUUUGUAGCGGCUCUAUAGCGCCACCUCUGUGUGAAAAGGGUUUUAAACAGACAUGAGUCUGAUAUCUAUCUGAACAUGUCACUGUAGGAAAGAAAGAAAAAGCCAAACAUGUAGAACGAUUCCUUCCAAAACAAACCGGGUCAGAUGGACAGUUUAUGUAGUUCCAAUUUAAUGGACUACAACACGUCAUAUUAUCUGGAAUAUUCCUUUAAAACCUCAAACACAUCAUCACAGCUGUGUUGCCUUCAGUCAGCUGGUUCAGGUUCAUACGAGUGCUGCUUCAGCACAUUACUGUGCGACACUUAACGGUCCAGGACGACACGCCGGCGCAGUGGAGACGGUUUCCUCGUCAGUGAGAGGUUUAAAAAAGAAAAAAAAAAAAACACGUCUGAUGUGACUUUGUUCCGGUCUACGUUCAGUCCUGUUCCACUGAUCCUGUUUUUAAAAUGCUUCUUACUGCCUUUAAGUUUAAUUGUGCUUAAUAAAGAGUUAAUGAUCA